AUUAAAAGCAAGUCCCCACCCCAUCCCCUAAUCCUAAAACCCAUCAUUAUAAAACCCCACCUGCCCUUCCCUUGUCCCUUCUCUUUGUCAAAAGCCUCGGCUACCAAAAACUCUGUAAACUGAGUCUGCUCUCCAUUUUUCUCAUACCGUUUCCAGAGAGGAUUAUUGCGAGCGCUUGGCGAUGUGUGGAGGAGCGAUCAUCUCCGACUACAUACCGACGGCGAGGUCCCAGCGGGUGACCGCCGACUACCUCUGGCCGGAUCUGAAGAAGGGCGGUGCGGCAAAGAAGAGCAAGGGGAAGCGUCAGGAGUUCCAGGACGACGACUUCGAAGCUGACUUCCAGGAGUUCCACGACGAGUCAUCGGAGUCCGAGGGGGACGAUGAGCCGGAGCUCGUCGACGUCAAGCCUUUCGCCUGCCCACCUAAAACCCCCUUCUCCCGAGAUGGAUCAACUAUUCUGAAGCAUGAGGAGUAUGAUGGACCUGUGGCUAAGUCAGCUAAAAGAAAGAGAAAGAAUCAGUACAGGGGAAUCCGUCAACGUCCUUGGGGUAAGUGGGCAGCUGAAAUCAGAGAUCCUCGUAAAGGGGUUCGUGUUUGGCUUGGAACGUUUAAUACUGCUGAAGAAGCUGCAAGGGCCUACGAUGCAGAAGCCCGUAAGAUCCGUGGCAAGAAAGCCAAGGUGAACUUCCCUGAUGAGGUACGCCCCAGCGCUCAAAAGCGCAGCCAGAAAGCAGCUGCUCCAAAAGCACCCGAACCAAACCAACCUGGGAUUCUUAAGUUCAACCAGCCCUUAAGUUACCUGGAUGAACCACAUCAAGAUUUAUACUCCAGCUUCGACUUCAUUGAGGAGAAGCAGCCCAUCAAGCAAGCUGAGAACCUCAGCGCUUUCCCUGCAUUCCCUGCAAGAAACCCUGCUCCUCCUGCUGAGGGACCCGGGAUGAAUUUAUACUCUGAUCAGGGAAGUAACUCUUUUGGUUGCUCAGACUUUGGUUGGGAACAUGAGGCAAAGACUCCUGAGAUCACAUCAGUUCUUGCUCCCAUUCCCACCAUCAUUGAAGGUGAGCAAUCUGCAUUCCUGGAAGAUGGUGGCCCACAGAAGAAACUGAAGAACAAUGCUGGCGAGGCGGUGCCGCCUUUGGAGGAGGAUGCUGCGGUGAAACUCUCUGAAGAUCUGUCUGCUUUUGAUUCGUUCCUGCAGUUUCUGCAGGUACCUUACCUUGAGGAUAGCUCGGAUGAGUCGAUCGACUGCCUGCUGAGCAGCGACAUGACUCAGGAUAUGAGUGAUGUGGACCUCUGGAGCUUUGAUGACCUUCCAGCUGUGGAAGGCAGCGUUUACUGAGGGAUCUCGGGUUCUGGCAACUGGCAUUUUGUAAAUAAAGAAAUAAGUGAAUCAAUCAUGAUGGAGGACAUGAUGAACCAGACAUGUCGGCUGAUGAAUGUUAAUGGAACUUUGGUUUAUGCUAUCCUCUGUAGGUACUUAAUUGAUGGUUUUAAUUCUGUUGUCGUGCAAACUGUUUCUGUUUGAGUACUGGACUUGGAUCUUUUGUGUUGAUGACAUGAGGGAUAAUGUUGAGACCUAUCAAAUUUCUGCUUUGAUUGUAUGUCUGUAUGUCUGUUGUUGCUGCGGAAGAUGCUUGUGGACAUGUUUUUACUGGAGAAAACACCUUUGUCUGCUUGGUUCC